CCAAAAAAAACCCAAAACAGGAAGAACGGGGAGAGACUGGAAACUCUCUGUUGACUCUGCCACGGUGGAAGGAGUAUGGACUGACUGCACGUGUCCCCCUGCAUCGUCCAAGCGCAUGUGUGUGUCUGAGUCUUAAAUGCGUCCGGCUGAAGGGAAGUCAUGUCAGCGAUACACACCUGGGCCUGUCUCCUCCUCUGGAUCUCCUUCGCCACGCAGGACAAAACCCCAGAUGCGACCGUGACCUGCCUUGUUUCGGAGGACUGCGUGCUGCCCUGCAGCUUCCAGCCGGGCAGCCAGGAGACCGUGGAGUGGUUCAGACAGGACGUGCUGGUGUACAAGUACAAGCGGGAAGACGACGGAGACAAUGAUGAUGAUGAUGAUGAUGACGACGACGAUGAUGACGAUGGCGACAGCAAGAGCAGCAGCGAGGAGCACUUUGACGACAAGCAGUCCUCCGGGCAUGCAUCAGUGUUCCAGCACCUGAUUUCCCACGGAAACGCCACCCUGAUCCUCAGGAGUGGUGACCUGAAGGACAGAGGCACGUACAGGUGUCACGUGCACACAUCGAAUGGGGAACACGACGCCAAAGUUAUCCUGAAGAUGGAAGGUGAGUUUAAAAAAGAUUCACUUCAACAACAUGAAAUCAACUCUACGGGUCACGCUAACUUUUUGUGACCUGUGCUACAUGGACAGUAAAUAAAGAUGGACGACGCGUCUCCACUUCCUAAAAAGUGAAGCCAAAAUAGCCCAGAAGCAAGUAACUGUGUGUACUAUUUACUACAUAUUGUGUACUGUGU